GCACUUGUAUUAAAUUGCUGAAGAAUUUUGACAUGUGAAUACGUACUGCGUAAGAGGCACAAUUCAUCUUAUAUGCAUCUUAGGCUUAGCGCGUGCUUCAAUUAUCUCCCAUAAGUCACUUAGAUAAAAAUAUUUCAGAUAAAAUUAUUUUGAGAUGAGAUGUAGAGAAAAUAUUUGUGAAUGAAGUAGCUAGUUUGUGUAGUGUGCUCGUAUAAGGUGGACAAUAUGGUGGCUGCGAGUGAGGAGAAGCCUGGCGCUCCCGGCAGCGGCAAGCGCCGGCUGGAGCUGGACACGCUGCUGGUGGAGGAGGUGGGGCAGUUCGGCAGACAUCAACUCAGGAGCUUCCUGUGGCUCGCCGUGUUAGUGGUGUUCGUGGCCUGCAGUAAUCAGGAGUACGUGUUCACUACUGCCAGGAUUAGCACCAGAUGUUUGAUAUCGGAGUGUGAAUCUGAACCUGCAGAAUUCUCCCCGGCGUGGCUGGAGAACGCUCUGCCGUCGGGCUCCAGUCCAGGCUCGUUCGACAACUGUCGGCGCUUCGCCAACUCGACUGCGGCGCUCGGCGAUAACAGCACUUGUCCAAGUUCGCUGUUCGACCGCGACACCCUGCUGCCCUGUGAUACUUACGUGUAUGAGAAUACACACACUGCCGUCUAUGAUUUGGGCCUGGCAUGCGACGAGUGGCGGCGGUCGCUAGUCGGCACAGUAUGCACAUUUGGCACGCUGACGGCGAUGCCCAUCACCGGUUUCGUGUCAGACCGUUGGGGGCGACGCGUGGCACUAACCAUCAACGCCGUCAACACGGCUUGGAUCGGCCUCACGCGGUACUGGGCUGAUACAUACAUCGGGUUCAUUCUUACAGAGUUUGCAGAGGCCACCUUUGGAUAUGGCUUGUAUUCUAGUCUCUAUAUUUUAUUAACCGAAGAAGUAGGACCUGACUACCGUGUCGCUAUCGGCGCAGCUCUGAAGACCUGCUUCGCGAUGGGACAGAUGACGUUAGGGCUGCUUGCGUGGGCCGUGCCUAACUGGAGGACCCUGACGCUCGUGCUGUACAUCCCACAGUUCCUCACCAUCGCCUACUAUUGGCUCAUCAGCGAGUCCGUGCGCUGGUACAUGAGCAAGGGACGCUUCGAAGAAUCUGAAGCUUUAUUGAAAAAGAUGGCGAAAGUCAAUGGAACUCAAGUUUCUGACACAUCGCUGGAGGAAUUACGACGUACAGCUGAGGAGAAGUUACGGAGCAGUGCUGAUGAGACACAGAAGAGUGGCGAGCCAUGGCUGAUAGUGCAGGUGUUUCGGCACAAGCGUGUGUUACUGGCCUGUGUCGUAUCACCGAUCUGGUGGAUCACAACCACGUUCAUCUACUACGGGCUCUCGCUGAACGCCGUGAACAUGUCAGGCAACAAGUACCUGAACUACGUGGCGGUGGCCGCGGUCGAGAUCCCCGGCUUCUGGACUGCCUACUACCUGAUGGGGAAGAUUGGACGCAAGGCAGUGCUCACUGGAGCCUUUUGGUUGUGCUCCGCUUGCCAACUUGCCUAUGUUUUGAUGCCUCAAGGUUUGUAUGUGGCGUCACUGGUAGUGUACCUGAUAGCCAAGCUCGCCAUAGCCAUGGUGGCGACGUCUAUCUACGUGUACACGGCGGAGCUGUACCCCACCAAGCACCGACAUAGUUUAUUUGCCUUCUCUUCGAUGAUGGGGCGCAUUGGCUCCAUGAUGGCACCACUCACACCAGCAUUUGGCGCGCAAUGGUUCGCGGAGCUGCCGUUCGUGCUGUUCGGGUCGCUGGCGCUGGUGUCGGGCGCGCUCAUCUUCCUCACGCCGGAGACGCUGGGCACCACGCUGCCCGACACCCUGGACCAGGCAGAACAUAUAGGCAAUAACAAAGACAAACAUACCAAGUGAACACACCUUAAUUUACACUAAACAGACUUUUUAUUACUUUUUUAUUAAAUGUAAUCUUUUUUUUGUUA